AUGCCACCAGGAGGUGGUAAUGGCGGAGGCGGUGGUGGUGGUCCCAAGUUCAACAUGCCGUCCACCUUCAGUCACGCCCCACUGAACGGCGGAGGUGGAGGUAUUCAGGAGUCAUACCACGUCAUUGAGGAGCCGAUGACCAUCACGGUGCCCUCGGGUGGACAGGGACAGGGAGGACCACACGCCUCAGAUCAGGCUGACAUUAUGCACUCCAUCUCGGACUUUAUCGGCUCAUCGGAGAAUGGUCGCAUCAAUAGCCUCAAUGAAGGAGACUUGGACCAGGGCCGACCGAUGCUCUCUGCGCCGCCCUCCAACGACAUCUGGCCCCUUUCUCAGCCGGAACUGCCCAAAAUCGUCAACCUCGACGUGAAGUGCGAGAAGAACUUCAUGAAGGUCUCCGUGGAGUUUGACCGCCCCUACAGCGGCAUGAUCUUCAGCAAGGAUCUGGACCAGGGCCGACCGAUGCUCUCUGCGCCGCCCUCCAACGACAUCUGGCCCCUCUCUCAGCCGGAGCUGCCCAAGAUCGUCAACCUCGACGUGAAGUGCGAGAAGAACUUCAUGAAGGUCUCCGUAGAGUUUGACCGCCCCUACAGCGGCAUGAUCUUCAGCAAGGGCCACUUCAGCUCGCCACAUUGCAUCCACCUGGCGGCGGGCAGCGGCCGAACGCACAUCUACUUUGACAUUCGCAUGGACAGCUGCGGAACGACCGGGAACAUGGGGGGCGUCAGUCCGGCGGGCACGUUCUUUGAGAACACGGUCAUCUUCCAGUACGACCCCUUCCUGCAGGAGGCCUGGGAUCAGGCGAGGAAGCUAAGGUGCACCUGGCAUGAUCAGUACGAGAAGUCGGUCUCCUUUAGGCCCUUUCCCGUGGAUAUGGUCGACGUGGUGAGAGCGGACUUUGCCGGCGACAAUGUUGGCUGCUGGAUGCAGAUUCAGGUCGGUCGCGGCCCCUGGGCCUCUGAGGUGGCCGGCAUCGUGAAGAUCGGCCAGACGAUGACGAUGGUGCUGGCGAUCAAGGACGAGGAGAAUAAGUUCGACAUGCUGGUGCGCAACUGCGUCGCCCACGACGGCAAGCGACCGCCCAUCGAGCUGGUGGACACCAACGGCUGCAUCGUCCGCUCCAAGCUGAUGAGCCGCUUCACGAAGAUUAAGAACUUCGGUUCCAGCGCCUCCGUCCUCAGCUACGCCCACUUCCAAGCCUUCAAGUUCCCCGACUCGAUGGAGGUUCACUUCCAGUGUACCAUUCAGAUCUGCAAGCACCGCUGUCCGGAGCAGUGUGACGCCUCGGGAGCGGCCUCGGGACUGCACUACUCCACACAUCAGAUUUCCGGUACGAUUAACACCGGCGGAGGAGGAGGAGGUAAUCUAGGCAAUCACCAGAUUGGUGGCGGUGAUUCGCUUUAUCUCGAGGGAGGACAUGACGGGGCACCGCCCUCUCGAGGUGGUGAUAGCUCAGUUCUGGCCCGCCCUCGUGAGAUUCGAGAUGUGAACGCCCAGUUGGCGGAAGAGGGCGUUUCGGAGCAGGUGAACAGCAGCUCACCAAUGACUGCCCAGCAGCAGCUCUCCAAAGACAUCGGCGUGAACAAGGUGAUUCGGGUGGUUUCCAGCGGUGACCUCUCCUUUGCCACCUCGGACAAGCUCACCCAAACGGACUCCAGUGCCUCAUCAUCGGAGUCCACAAACUCCACAAACUCCAGCAAUGGCAGCGGCAGCAGUCACCUCGAUUCAGCCCGUUCCUGGCUCA